UUUCCAUUCUUUUUUUUCUUUUAUUAUUUUUUUCUGUUUUUAAACGUUCUUUUUUAUUAUUUAUUUUCUCCUUCAUCGAUGGAUUCAUUAACUAUGCCUGACCAUGAACAGUGGGCUGAACUGUUUGGUUAUGCAAGUAUCGCUUGUUGGAUUGUAGUCUUUACACCUCAAUUAUAUGAAAAUUAUACUCGUAAAAAUACCGAUGGCGUAUCGAUCAGUUUUCUAUUAUUAUGGAUAUUUGGCGAUAUCUUUAACUUGAUCGGUGCUUUAUUGGAACACUUGAUGUUAACAGUGCUUCUUUUAGCUGUUUACUAUCUUUUUGCUGAUUGUUUAUUAAUGGGUCAAGUUAUAUAUUAUCGUUAUGCAUAUUCAUCUACACGGACAUUCAAGGAUAUUUUAUUUAAUACUUCUAACAAUGACGAAACUAUUUAUGAUACCAUGGCAACAGCAAGUACCCCUGAUAAUGAUGAAAAUGCACCUUUAUUGAGGCCAUCAAGUAGUGAUUCCAGCUCUCACACCGUAUUGAGUCAGAAACAAUCGGAACAUACCCGCUGGAUUGUUAGAUGCUUCUUCAUUCUUAGUGUCUUAUUAUGGUUGACUCUUUUAUUAGGAUCAGUUUUAUUCUUCUGGUGGCCUGGUGCAAAAGACAAGGUGGAUCUUAGUCAAUGGCAUCUUCUUUCUCAAUCAUUAGGUUGGGCUUCGGCGAUUCUUUAUUGUAGUAGUCGUAUACCGCAAAUCAUGCAGAACUUUAGAAACGAAAGUGUGGAAGGACUCAGCUUGACGAUGUUUGUAUUUAGUGUGGUUGGCAACUUGACUUAUUCUGCGUCUAUCUUUUUAAAAUCCACUGACCGAACAUAUUUGCUUAUCAACUAUCCUUGGUUACUUGGAAGUGGUGGUACUUUAUUUUUUGAUUUUACUAUCUUCUUCCAAUUUUAUACUUACAAACAACAUCGAAAAUGAUAUAUCUUUGAUUUAUUAGUUUUAUAUUUUUUUGGUCUAUUUAAUAAAUACAAGGGAGGGUUUUGUGAUGACUUUU